UGCUGAGUCACAGAGUCACUCUUUUGCACCAGUUAUUAGUUCUAUAUCACCAAGUUUUUAUUAAUCAAGUCUGUUAAUUAGUUAUUUGUGGUCAGUUUGAUUAUUGUGGGGCCAAUGGCUUUAUAUAGGCUAUUUAGAAAUACAGGAUUUCUUAUCUUUCGUAGCUACUUAUUUAUUGGAUAGACAAUAUUGAAAGGUAAUAAACAAGGAAACACUAUUAGACAAUAGUCAUUUGGUUGAUAUGCAAAAUAUAGUACAGUAUAUUAUAUAGAAGUAACAGACAAUUGGAAAGUUGACAAGAGUUAAAAGGAACAUGUAAUCAAUGAGAAACAAAAAAGGAAAAAAAAAAAAAACAUUUUUUUUUACUAUUCAAAUUUGAUUCUAUAAAUCAUUCUGAUGGAUAAGAAUACACCGAAAUAUUAAGUAAUUGUAAGAGAUUCGCUUAAAAAUAUAUAAGUAGAAAAAAAAUAAAAUUGAUUAAACCAAAAAUAAAAUAAUGGCAAUGGUAUAAACAAGUGUAUAAAGAUCCAAAAGUCCGCAUUUAAUUUUCUCAGAGACUAUUGCUGUAAUUGCUAGUCAUUUUCAGUUUCUUAAAGAAGGUAAAGACUUUUGUGCCGAAAGUUCCUAUCUUUUUCCUUUACUUGCUCCAAAAUUCAUGAGUUCCCACCACAAAUGAGAGCAUCCCAAGGGUAGUUAGCCAUUUCUCUUGCCUCUCUUUCUGUGAAAUAAACCAUCUCACUCUUAAUUUUUUCGUAAUAAUGGCAUUAGAAUUUGUUUCUGGGUUCGUCGUGUCAUCAUUACUACAAGAGCUAGUAGAUAGGAUCAAAGCUUCAGCUUCUGAUACAAUUGCUCUUGCAUAUUCUUUUGAUGUGGAGGAAGAGCUCAAAAAUCUUGAGGCAACUUAUGUAAAAGCCCACUCCUUGCUUGAUAAUGUAGAUGGGUGGGACCUUGUAUCGAGCAAGCUACACCAGGAUUGGGUAGCGGAUAUCAGGAGAGCUUGUUAUGAGGUUGAAGAUUUUACUGAAUGUCUCAAAUUUGAGAUGUUUAGGAAGAAGGGGGAUGCUGGAUUUAUCCGGUCUUACUGGACAAGGUGGGGUAUGUCUUCUAAACUCCGUGAACUGCAGAAUAAACUGAAUUCCUUGACAAAUGUAUCAGAUCAGUUUACUCCAAGAAGUCAUGGAGUCAGUGAUAAGACAUACCUCCGUAUAGACAAAGAGCCGAUGAUUGCACCUGAUAAUGAUAGCUUUCGAAGAAAGCAAGAUAAAGAAAAUAUCAUCCAACGGCUCCUGCAUCCUAGCAACAGCAGUGUAGUUGUGAUAGCAGGGAUGUUUGGGGUGGGCAAAACAACACUAGCUCAUGUGGUCAAGAAUGAUUCAAGAAUCCAACAUUACUUUGACCACAAAUUAUGGGUUUCAGUCUCGGGGGAUUUUAAUUUGAUGAAGGUUUUGUGCUCAAUAAUCCUAAACCUGCAGCUUGAGCAAACCCAAGAAGUCAACUCAAGUCUCUCUCCUCCGGAGCAGCAAUAUGCACGGCUGUUUCUGGGAUUAUGCAAGGAAAGAAGGGUUCUCAUUGUGUUGGACGACUUGUGUAGUUUUAGGAAGUCUCAAGAUUGGGAAGACUUUCAAUCUCUGCUCCUAAAUCCAUCCUGUGGAUUUGGCAUUCUAAUUACCACUCGCAACCCAAAAGUUGCCACUACAAUUACCUCUCUUAGCAGUAUCACCUCUGCUUCCUACCACUUGCAACAAAUGUCUGAUGAGGAUUGUGGUUCUAUCAUAGAGAAAAAAGCAGUUUUGUCUGGUGUCAACAAGCGAAUGUUUUGUGGGAGAAGAAUGUCAGAGGUAAUCGCAGUUCAGAUAGCACAGAAGUUUUGCAAGGGCUUGCCAUUGGUGGCAAAUGUUAUUGGGCACCAACUCUCCUUAAAAGAAGACCAUAGUUGGCCAAGCAAGCUGUCUAAAGACUUGUGGACCAUGCCAGAAUUCAGAGAACUUAUCUUUCCGACUUUAAAGUUGAAUUAUUCUGAUUUUUCAAUCUUUUUGAAAAAUUGUUACCCUUACUUUUCUCUCUUCCCUCUAGUGUAUGAUUAUACAAAGGAUGAUUUGGUUCGGUUAUGGUUGGCUGAGGGCUAUGUUAAACCUCAAGUUGCAGGGUUCCAAUAUUCUGAUUGCUCUGAGUAUUCAGUUUUUGAAGAACUUGGGAAUUAUUACUUCGACACUGUGUUGUCCCAAUCCAUCCUUCAAAUAUACCACCCUUUUGACCAAGAUCCUAAGAUCUACAGAAUGCAUGAUUUAAUCCACCGUUAUGCUCAGUUGAUAGGCUCUGGCAUGUAUCUUCAGCUAGAUGAACAAUUUGUUGGUGCUUGUUCAUCAGGCAACGUCAAUGGCGAUUCAAGUUAUGGUGUCACUACUCAAUAUAGAAAUUCUCGGCAUCUGUCUUUGCUUAGUCCAAGUAUUCCCAUGCGAAUAUGGAGGGAUAUAGAAAGAUAUUCUGAGGGCCUUAGGACAAUUCUUUCUCUACGUGAGCACCUAAGUAUUGGCCAACUGAGUUACACCCUUUUCCUCAAAUUACAAUCCUUACGAGUACUCAACUUGAGUGGAACAGAUAUUAGUGAGCUCCCAGAGUCGAUGGGAAAAUUGAAACAUCUUCGGCUCCUUGAUGUCUCCAACACAAAUAUCCAAGAAUUUCCCACAUCUACAACUGACUUAUAUAUGCUGCAAUUUCUCAAAGCUGAUCAAUGCCCUCUGCUUCUCCAAUUGCCCAAAAAAAUGAGAAAGCUGGUUCAUCUACUGCAUCUAGAAGUUGACAUAAAGAGUUUGAGUUCUAUGCCUCCCAGCAUAGGGAAGCUAACUAAUCUUUGUACUCUUCCUGCAUUCAUUGUGGGAAGAAAGAAUGGGUAUAAAGUUACAGAGUUGAAGGAUAUGAAGUACCUCCAAGGAUCAAUUUGUGUCACGAACCUUGAAAAUGUUAGUGAGGUUGAUGCUAAGGAAGAAUUGUUGCGAAACAAACCAUUUCUUAAAAGGGUAGAGCUUGAAUGGAACAAGUACUUAGCCAAUCAGUCAGAAAGGAUCCUCAGUGGCUUUAUACCCCAUGAAAAUUUAGAAGAGUUGCAAAUAACAGGAUAUAGUGGUACCCAAUUUCCAAGUUGGAUCAGUAGUCGUGAGUGUACCCUAACUAGCAUUUACUUGCUAAGAUGUGAUCAAUGUACCAUCUUGCCCGCACUUGGGCAACUUCAACAUCUCAAGACUCUACUUAUCGAGGAAAUGCAUUGUAUAGAAUACAUUGACAAUCGAUUUUCAGGAGGCGGGGUUGCAGCAUUUCCAUCGUUAGAGUCACUGAAAUUCCAAGAUAUGAUGUCACUUAAAAGGUGGGAAGGGUUGCAAGCGACUCAAAUGCCUUGCCUUGGUGAACUUAACAUCACAGAUUGUCCAAAUCUGAGUGUCCUUCCUUCACUACACUUACUUUGUUCCUUAGUGAAGUUGGAAAUAAGUUACUGCCCUGUAUUGCAGGCACUACCGGAGGGAGGUUUUCCUUUGUCAAUGGAAACAUUGAUUAUUGUACAAUGCGAUUUGUUGAAACAACGUUGCUUACCGGGACAGGGUGACUGGGAAAAGAUCAAGGCCGUACGUAAGGUAUUGGUUGAUUUUGUGCGCAUACAGACACUGGCCGGGAAUGCAACAAACUGGUUUUCGUUAUCAGCAGCAGCAAUGAGCUUGUCUCUCCGAAAGAAAAUCUUAUUGGUGCCUUUCAGUUUAGGUUGUGCAUUUGUUUUGGACUUGAGAUACUCAUUUUUCCCUGUUGGCAGCAAUGAUUGCUUUCUCAUGGAGGAGCAUGUUUUCUUAUCUCUAGCUGGCCUUUCAUUUUUCAACUCUACACAAAAGAAGCACCAGAACAACUGUCCAAUCAUCGAUCUAUCAACUUCGAUCCAGAUGGACUCCGGUGCACAUAGAAGACAUCGAAUAAUGGAGCGUUCUAGCAGGGAUAGGGGGAGUAGCAGUCAACAAGAAAGCAUCAAGAAGCCUGCACAACUUGAACUUUUGUUCUGUAAGGAGCUUCAGAAACAGGAUACUACGGGUUUUUGUUCUUUAGCAGAUGAGUACGGCAGUAUCUUCCUCGCUGAGCAAGAUAGGUCUGGCCAUGUGCUGUUCAUUGACAUUCAAAGUAAAAAAGUGUGGGGAUUUUAUUUGGAGUUCUCUGAAGAUCAGUCUGAUUACAAAUACAAAUUUGGCAAAGGUUGGCUCCAAUUUGCACAGGCAAAGGGCCUAACUGUUGGUGAUUCAGUGACAUUUUAUCGCCAACGUGCCACUGAUCUGUUCUUUAUAGACUGCUUGCCUAAGGAGCCCUCUGUACUUGACCAAAUUUCAUCAUCAAACCAAACAACUUUAACUCUGUUGUUUGAUUCUCCGUUCUUGCAUUAUUUGAGCCUCUUCCCCGAGGAUCAUGAAAUCAAGAGGGAUACAUGGAUCCAGCUUGGUCAGGCUGCUGGUCUUUUUGCAGAUGCAUCUCUUGCUUCCAUUGCUUCCUCGUUCGAAGUAUACCAAAGCGAGGGAUAUCUCUAUCCUUCAAGGUAUGAUGAAACAACUGGAAAGCUGUGGUACAAGGUAACUGAUUUGGUACCUAACCAUGUCACAAAUUCGGAAAGGACCCAUCUCAAGAUCGAUCUUGAUGUCCCCCUUGAUUCACUCUGUUGCGAAAAAUCAAAAUUUGAGCAUGUAACAAUGUGGAGUUUUCCAUCCAAUGUUAUUCCAGUGUUGGAAAAAUUCAUAAACCUGAGGACACUUUGGUUCCUUAACGGUCACCGGUCUUGCGUAAACCAUGUACCUUAUGAUUUUUUCACCUCAUUGAAGCACCUGCAGAUUCUGAAUUUGAGCUGUACUAAAAUUACAGAGCUGCCAUGUUCGAUAGGCCAUGUAAGGGGCUUGCGCUAUUUUGAUCUCUCUGAGACCCUCGUUAAAAACUUGCCUGAAACCGUAUGCCACCUUAAGGAACUGCAAACUCUAAAACUCAAAAAUUGUUGCGGUCUAAUUACACUGCCUAAAGAUACAACUAGAUUAGAAAAGCUUCAACAUCUCCAUCUUGGAGCCUGGAGCUCAAGUGGACAGAAAAUCAGCAGAGUUGACAACGAGGUUAUUGAGUGCCUGCGGCCGCACACAGACCUCAAAUACUUCAAGGUACUCUGUUAUGGAGGUUCCAAAUUCCCAAGUUGGUUUAGUGAUCCUUCUUUUUCCAACCUCGUGAGCAUUACCCUCUUGAAGUGUGAAAAUUGCCGGGUUUUACCUCCUCUAGGGCGCCUACCCUCGCUAAAAUUUCUCACCAUAGAUGGAUCAACAGGCAUAAGAGUCAUUGAUGAUCAAUUCUGCAGAAUUAUUGAACACAAUGAUGGAAUUGAUGAUAAAGUUGCAUUCCCAAAAUUAAAAAAGUUUGCACUAAUCUCCUUGCUUUCUUUGGAAGAAUGGAAAGAUGUGCAUAAAAGCGACUUUCCAUCCCUUCUUAAACUAGAAUUGAAGGAUUGCCCGCAAUUGGUUACAAUUUGCAGCCUUUCAGACAUGCAUUCGCUCCAACAUUUGGAGAUAAGUAAUUGUCCCUUGCUCCAGUCCCUGCCAGAGGGACGCUUGCCUGCGUCAGUAGAAGAGUUGUUGAUUGAAGACUGUCCCUUGCUCAAGCACAGCUGCUCAAAACCUGAUGGUGAAGAUUGGCAUAAGAUAGAGCAUGUUGGCAGCAUAUGGAUAGACUUCGAAGGCAUAUCCUCUCGCUAAUCAGAAAGAUACAGGGUUUCAAUAAAUGAUCCACUGUCCAACUAUUAUGCAGUAUGUAUCGUAGUUUAACAAGUCAAAUUUUACCUUUCAUGGUUUAUUUGAAAUUGACUUCAGUGGAUGUUGGGGAUGCAAUCUUUGCAAAUUUUACAGCAUGUUAACUUUGUAAAACAGCAGUAACAUCCAGAUCAGUCUUGUUGGGUCUGUUUUUUUAGCUAUGAAUCUGAUGUAUAUAUGAAAACAAAAUCAGAUCUUAUACCAUGGAUCUAUACUCGUGGAGAGGGAAGUCCAAA